CGCUUUGUCGCGUGUCUGGAAGAAGUGAAAACUUUCCUGGGCAGCAAAGGGCUCAACUUUCCUGAGCUGGAACAGCCAGAGUGGCUGGAAAAGCUAAACUUCAUGGUAGACAUGACAGCGCACCUGAACACGCUGAACACAGCUCUUCAGGGGAAAGGACGCACAGCCCUGCACAUGUUGGAGGAUGUCUUGGCAUUCGAGCGCAAGUUGACAGUGCUUGCCAGAGAUUUACAGAAAGGCACUUUGUCUCACUUCCCCAAUUUGAGAGAGUUCAAACAAGGUCACGACAUGAUAAUUUCGGAGUAUUUACAUUCUGCAAUCAUCGCAAUGCAAACAUCGUUUGGGAAACGCUUCUGUGAGUUCAGAGAGGAAAAAAACACAUUAUCCUUCCCGGUCACUCCCUUAAGCAUCGAUCCUUCCCUACUGAAUACGACUGCAUUGGCAGGUGUGAGUCAACCUGAUCUUGAGAUGGAACUGGCCGACAUAGCCAACAAAGACAUAUGGGUGUCCAAGUUUAGACGCUUGACAGCAGACCUUGAAGAUGUUGCCCGUCAGAAGGCCAUUCUUGCUCAGAAUCACAAAUGGAGUGAUAUUGAAAACCUUCCAAAUCCGGACCAACUUGUGUUUGAAACAUGGAAUGCUGUGCCCGACAUUUAUGUAAACAUGAAAAAGUAUGCGCUUGGAGUCCUGUCGAUCUUUGGAUCCACAUAUGUAUGUGAGCAGGUGUUCUCCAACAUGAACUUUAUUAAAAACAAACAUCGCGCAUGCUUCACAGAUGACAGCUUGCGAUCCUGUGUAAAGAUGAAGGUGACGUCAUACAGCCCUGAUGUGCAGACGCUGUGCGCUGAGGUCCAGGAGCAGAAAUCCCAUUAACCAAGAUGACAGCUGGCUGACGUUAUUUUUGGUUUGCUGCUGGCGGAAAAUUUAAGUUCGGCGUUUUUCAUAAAUACAAGAAGGACUCAAAUAGACAUUGAGUAUUUUACUUAAAAGUAACUUUCAACCCAACGUCUUUUUUUCGGAGUUCAAAAUGUUUUUAUUGCAUGCAGAAAUGUAAUUUCGUUUUCUCUGCAGGAGUUCAUCAAUUUCAUAAAUGCAACACAUUAUAGUUUGUUUAUACAUAGCAUAAAGGCAAAAAAAACGUUGUAUGCAGUGUUAUUUCAUUUUAAAUGUCAAACGGGUUUUGCGGCUCCCAGUGUUUUCUUUUCUGUGGGAAACGGGUCCAAGUGGCUCUUUCAGUGGUAAAGGUUGCUGACCCCUGGGC